GUCUGGCUAGUGUGAUAAAGUGUGAUUGAAGAAUUCACAUCAUUUAUAUAAUCUUUCCCGGUGGGUCACACUCCCGAUUUAUCAAUCGCAAAGUCAAUACGAGAUACCAAUUCGGUGACAUAGCUUGAACUAACAUUCGAACUGCUUGUUCAGUGCACUGCACAGUGAGCCGACCACCGCAACGUUAGAGGUAUGGGGACUGAUAUGGUACUCACAGAGAAAACCGAAACGUAAACCACGCUCAGGAAAACGAACUUAUUAACCGUAUCCAACAACUUGUACUAAAGGAUGUCGUAGUUUUCACCAUGCUUCGACCUAAUUCAUUUGUAAUUCCACCGAGGAAUUCAAAGUCGUGCGGCUGCGACUUUACUGCGAACCCAAAGUUCAUGACGAAGUUCCUCAGGUGAAAUCGACAAGUUGAAAUUAACAACGAUCGACAAUCAUGUCAGCCAGUACCGUCUCGAGCAACGUGGUUGAAACCAGUGGCAAGAAAACUGGAAGUAGCACAAGUUCCAACACGGAUUUGGGAUAUUCAGACACAAUUUCCAUCAGCUCCGGGUCGACCGCCACUACGGUGAACACCCGUGUGUAUAACCUAUGCCAGAAAGGGGAUUGGAGCGUCCUCGAACAAGUUCUACGAACUCUAGAGAAGGGAAGUCCCGAAGCCGCUUGUUCAGAUGAGGACACAGGCAUCACCCCACUGAUGGUAGCGGUCAAGGAGAACAAGCUGGUUAUUGUGGAAAGGCUCAUAGACCUGGGUGUCGGACUCAAUGAUAGAGCAAAGGAUGGGCGCACUGUCAUGCAUUUUGCUGCGUCAUAUGCCAGAGAUGACAUCAUGAAGCUGCUCAUUAAUAAGAAGGCUGAUGCCACUAUACCAGGAGGGCCUAAGGAACAGCUCCCCCUUCACAUGGCCUGUGCAAGAUCUAGUGGGGCACUUGCAAUAGUUCAGAUGCUCCUGAAAGUCUCUGGAAAAGACUGCAGGCUUGUGGAAGACAAAGAUGGCUCAAUUCCUAUAUUUCUAUCUUCUGAAGUGGGUAAUGUGGCCGUUUGCAAAGAAUGCCUCACACAACAGACAGAGCAACAGAUCAAAUACCAGAGAAGGGGUAAUGGAGACAACUUGAUGCAUGUUGCUUGCAGAAGAAAGGACGUGGAUCUGGCAAAACUAUUUGUGGAGUAUGGAGCCAACUUUGAUGUGCAAAAUUAUGAGGGCCAUACCCCCUUACAUAUAUCAGCCUGGGAAGGAGAUGAAGCUAUGAUGAAGUACCUGUAUCAAGCUAAAGCCAAUCCAAACAUAACAGAUCAGAUGGAUCGGAGUCCCUUACACAUAGCUGCAGAGCGUGGGAACACGAGUGUUGUGGAACUGUUGGUGGAUAAAUUCAAGGCUAAUGUCGCCGCUCGAACUAAAGAUGGCAGCACCUUAAUGCAUAUAGCGUCAGAAUGCGGGCAUCCUGAUACUGCACUUACAUUUCUCAAGAAAGGAGUGCCACUGCAUAUGCCAAAUAAAGCAGGGGCUGUUUGUCUCCAUGCUGCUGCCAAGAGAGGCCACACUGCUGUAGUGAGGUCACUCCUCCAGAAAGGUGCACAAGUAGACGCCAGGACCAAGGACAACUACACAGCCCUGCACAUAGCUGUGGAGGCAUGCAGACCACUUGUGGUACAGACACUAUUGGGCUUUGGUGCUCAGGUGGAACUCAAGGGAGGACUGGCCCAGGAGACCCCACUCCACAUAGCAGCCAGAACCAGUGAAGGGGAAAAGUGUGCAGAAAUGCUGAUCAAAAGUGGAGCCAAUGUUAAUUCCAUUCAGGAGAACGGGGAGACUGCAAUGCACAUAGCAGCCAGAUACGGUCUCAUCAAAAUGGUUAUUGCCCUCUUGGAAGAAGGUGGUGACCCCUGUUGGCAAUCAAAGCUUGGAGAAACUCCUCUCCAUGUGUCUGUGAGACACUGUCAUUGGGAUGUGGCAGAUGAACUUCUCAGAUUUGUGGCCACAGAAAAGUCCCAUAUAGAUGCUGUGAUGCUAGUCAAUCAACAAAAUACUGAAGGGGAAACUUGUGUGCAUUAUGCAGCUGAAAUUACCAAGAACAUGUGCCAUAGAGAGUUUGAAGAUGUCGAUGUGAUCAAACUGAUGCUGGAAUACAAUGGAGACACGAACACACAGACUAGAAUGACACAUGAGACCCCACUUCACUACUGCUCCAGGGCAGGAAACGAGGACAUCUUGUUGGAAAUGGUCAGACAUUUAGGUCCCAACAGAGUUCAGUUGGCAGUCAACAAGCAAGCAAAGAAUGGCUGGUCCCCAUUAUUGGUUGCGUGUGAGCAGGGCCACCUGGACAUUGUAAAGAUCUUAAUGCAGAACCAUGCCAGAGUAGAUGUGUUUGAUGAGCAUGGUAAGGCAGCACUCCACCUGGCGGCAGAGAACGGCCAUGAUGAGGUAGCAGAUGUGUUACUGUGGCACAAGGCAUUUGUCAAUGCUAAGUCCAAGCUUGGGGUCACCCCUCUCCACCUGGCGGCACAGAAUGGCUGCAAUAAACUGGUCAAACUGCUGAUAGAGACUCAUGGAGCUACCAUUGAUGCCUUGUCACUGGCAAAGAAAACUCCUUUGCAUAUGGCUGCACAGAAUGGGCAGAUGGAAGUUUGCAGCACUUUCCUGAAGAUGAAAGCUGAUGCAAAUGCUACUGAUGUGCAUGGUCAAACUCCCCUCCAUUUGGCUGCAGAAAAUGACCACUCAGAUGUUGUGAAACUCUUCCUAAAGCACAAGCCUGAGCUCGUCACUAUGGCCAACACGAAUGGCAUGACAUGUGCUCACAUAGCUGCCUCAAAGGGCAGUGUAGGUGUCAUUAAGGAACUUAUGAGAUUCAACAAAAUGGUAGUGACAACAGCCAGAAAUAGGACCAACAACUCGACAGCCCUCCAUCUAGCUGCAGAAGGAGGACAUGUAGAAGUAGUCCAAGUGUUGCUGGAAGCUGGAGCCUCUGCAACUGAUGAAAAUGCCGAGGGUAUGACGGCCAUUCAUCUGUCAGCCAAACAUGGGCAUGUGCACAUCUUAGAUGCACUGAAGGGACAUGUUGAUUUUGCCGUCACAAGUGCUAAGACCGGGUUAACAGCCCUCCAUGUUGCUGCUCAUUAUGGUCAAGCAGACUUUGUGCGUGAGACACUGACCAGUAUUCCAGCCACAGUGACCAGUGAGGCCCCAGACUCUGAAACUGGACUCAAGGAUGUCACUGCUGAGUCUGGCCUCACUCCGCUCCACCUGGCCUCUCAGUCUGGUCAUGAAGGGUUGGUCCGCCUGUUACUCAAUUCUCCAGGUGUGCAAGCAGACGCAGCCACCAAAGUCCAGGGUUCAAUACCACUCCACAUGGCUGCUCAGAAUGGCCAUACUUCAGUGGUCAGUCUGCUUCUCAGUAAGUCCACCUCUCAGAUCCAUGUCAAGGACAAGAGGGGCAGGACUGGACUGCACCUGUCUGCUGCACAUGGACAUUAUGAUAUGGUGGCACUUCUGCUGGGGCAGGGGGCUGAUAUUAAUGUUUAUGAUAAGAAUGGCUGGACCCCUCUCCAUUUUGCUGCAAAGGCAGGCUACUUGAAAGUGGUGAAGUUAUUGAUAGAGAGUGGUGCUGCACCCAAGUAUGAAUCUAAGGAAGGGAAGGUACCCAUCUGCUAUGCUGCAGCCAUGAAUCACACUGAGGUGGUCAGUUAUCUUAUGAAGAGAGACCACAACACACAGCAUUUGAUGGACGAUAAGAAGUUUGUAUUUGACCUGAUGGUAUGUGGCAAGACCAACAAUAACAGAUCCAUCCAGGAGUUUAUCACACUGUCUCCAGCCCCAGUGGACACAGCAGCCAAGAUGUCCAAGAAUUUCGCCCUUCUGGCCAUCAGGGAGAAGGAGCGGUCAAGGGAUCUCCUGCAUGCUGGCGCAUACUGUGAGAAAAUGGCUACGGAAUUAAUGGCUAUUGCCUCCGGAACCAACGGAGCAUCAGCUUUACUCAAAUCUGUUGACUGCCGUGGAACACCUUUCUUGGACAUACUCAUUGAAAAUGAGCAGAAGGAAGUAGUUUCCCACCCAACAAUUCAGAAAUACUUAUCAGACGUUUGGAAAGGGAAUUUGAAAUGGAACACAUGGAAAGUAGUGAUGGUUUUCACAUUGUUCCUGAUCGUACCCCCAGUGUGGGUUUACUUCUCAUUGCCACUUCGGAACCGCUACAACAAAGUUCCGCUCAUUAAGUUCAUGUCAUAUUUAGUCUCGCAUUUCUACUUAAUUAUACUAUUUAUUAUGACAACUGUUGCACCCAUUUAUCCAAUCUUUCAGUCUGGGUCACUCAUACCCCAUUGGUAUGAGUGGCUACUAUUGGCGUGGCUGUCUGGACUUCUGGUCUCAGAGCUGACCAAUCCAGGCGACAGGGCAGGGUUAGGGUGGAUCAAAGUAUUUGUGAUAGCAGUCAGUGCACUGGGAAUCGUGGUCCAUCUUCUAGCAUUUGCAUUUAAUGAAGACGAGCGCUAUGUAUGCUUAUAUGUGAGGAAUCAAUUUUUUGCCCUGGCAUUACUGUUCUGUUUUGUGUUGCUGCUGGAUUUUCUCUCAUUUCAUCACUUAUUUGGACCAUGGGCAAUUAUUAUCAGAGAUUUGAUGAAGGAUUUGAUCAGAUUUUUGGUCAUUUUGUUGGCCUUCAUGCUAGGAUUCACUCUUCAUCUCUCAGCAAUUUAUCAGCCAGUGUAUCCACCACAAGUAUCAAAUUCAUCCAUUGGUCAAGGAAAUGGAGGAGGAGGAGCCAAAAGUCUCACGCCAAUAGAUACUUUUGAACUUCUGUUUUUUUCCCUAUUUGGUCUCAUCGAGCCUGAUACUUUACCCACAAUAGCCCAGAGCCCUGACUGGACUAUUAAUUUAGUGAAAUCUGUAUUUGGAGCUUAUAUGUUAGUGACUCUCAUUGUGUUGAUAAAUCUGUUAAUUGCCAUGAUGUCUGAUACGUACCAGAGAAUUCAGGCACAGUCGGAUGUGGAGUGGAAGUUUGGGCGAGCUAAGUUGAUCAGAAACAUGAAUAGGACAUCAGCUACUCCAUCUCCUCUUAACCUUUUCACCAAGCUCAUCACUUACUGCAAAGUGGCUUACAAACACAAAGGCAAAAUAUGCAGUGCUGAGGCCCAGAGCUACAUCCAUGAAGAGGAGGACCUGAAUGAGGACUAUGAUGCCAGAUCUGUGGACCUGUUACAAAAUAACCAAGUCAUGCUCAGGAAUAUGAUGAGGAGAAAUACUCAAGUGGCUCCUGAAUCCUAUUUACGUGCUCCCCAGCAGAGAGGUCCCCAAUGCAUUGAUGAUGUGAUAGACUGGCAAUUUGUUGUCCACAAGUAUUUGGAGGUCAACAACCUGUUGGAUGAACACUCAGACGAGGAAGAGGACACCAGUAAACACUUUAAGAAGGAUAGCCACUUGAAAGAAAUUAAUGAGAAAGUGACAGAAAAUGGUGGGAUUAAAUGACCAGGAGUUGAACCAUUUGGGUAGGAAGGGUAACAUGUAAGAAAAAUAAGUUAAGGGGUAACUUUUAGCAGCAAAAGUAAUUGAGGACAUUAACAGAUACAGUUGUAAGAAUUAAGUGUGCAGUGACAAAGAGCUGCUGUUUGAACAAAAUGUAUUCACAUGUUCAAAAGAACAUUUCUGGAAAGUCAAGAAUCUGCAGUGUAAUUCUUUUCCAUAAAAUGCUAGUAGCCAAUUUUUCAAUUUUAAUUUAUUUAUAUCACCUUCUUAUAUGUCAAAUUUAGAUUGGAUUGGUUUUUAUGGCAAAUGCAUUACAUUGUAAUGUGGGGCAUUAAUAUAUUAGC